UUCGAAUUUUGGGAUUGGGGACUAUAAGUACGACGGCGCGAGCUUUGCGCGAGCUCCUCGAACGUUCGCGAGAAGCGACCCACCACCCACAACUGCUAUCCGUGUUGCUUCCGAGUCUGAGGUGUAAUUGCGUUCGCCGUUAUCUGCCCCUCACUUGAAGAGCUCCACCCCUCUCUCUCUCUUUCUCUUCGUUCGUAUCUCCCAUCGUCGUUGUCGUUGUUUGCAGCGACCGUCAGUUAGUAUACCAUGCGUCUCAUCAUCCGUGACGAUCCCACCGCAGUCGGCGACUACAUCGCCAACUAUAUCUGCAAGAGGAUCAACGACUUUGCGCCGUCUGAGCAACGGCCGUUCGUCCUCGGUCUGCCUACGGGCUCUUCGCCCAUCCCAACGUAUAAGGCUCUUAUCAAGCUCGUCAAGAAUGGAAAACUUUCGUUCAAGAACGUCGUCACGUUCAACAUGGACGAAUACGUCGGCCUGCCGCAGGAUCAUUCGGAAUCAUACCAUACCUUCAUGUUCAGGGAAUUUUUCUCACAUGUCGACAUCCCCCCCUCCCAAGUAAACAUCCUGAACGGAAACGCGAAAGACCUGAUCGGGGAAUGCAAGAAGUACGAAGCGCGGAUCAAGGCGUGUGGCGGUAUCGAGCUGUUCUUGGGUGGUAUUGGGGAGGAUGGACAUAUUGCGUUUAAUGAGCCUGGUUCCUCCCUCGCCUCCCGCACACGCAUCAAAACCCUAGCGUACGACACCAUCCUCGCCAACGCCCGCUUCUUCAACAACGAUAUCGACGCGGUGCCCCGUAUGGCGCUCACCGUUGGUGUUGGGACCGUGCUCGAGGCGAGGGAGGUCGUGGUGGUGGUUACGGGCCAGAGGAAGAGUUUGGCGUUGAGUAAGGCUAUUGAGGAAGGCAUAAACCACCUCUGGACCCUCUCAGCCCUCCAAAACCACCCCUGGGCGCUAAUCGUCGUCGACGAAGACGCGACGGCAGAAUUGCAUGUGAAGACGGUGAAGUAUUUUAAGAGUAUUGAGAGGGUGCAGGAUGAGGUGGAGCAGCAUCAUAGGGAGUUGAGGGAGAGGGGGGUGGAGGAUCCGCAAGAGGGGGCGGUGGGGAGUAUGGAGUGAGUGGG